AUGCUUCUAGACAUAGGUGCAAAGCUUAUUGUUGGUACGGCUGGGCCUCCAGAUUACCCUCAGGUAGAAUUAGUGCUGGCAGCUGAAAAUGGUCAUGACGAUGUCGUACAACUUCUUGAUAAUGGUGCUCAAGUUAAUGACGCAGGGGCUAAUCGGUCAACAUCUCUAAAUUUAGCGACUGCAGCAGCGUGCGGCGCUAUUGAUGUAUUGCAAAUGCUUCUUAACGAAGGUGUCGAGAUUGACGUUGAGAACGAUGAUGGUCGAACUCCGCUGUUCGUGGCUGUGGAAACUGGAAACGAAGCGACAGUGGAUUUUUCACUGGAAAGGGGUGCGAAUACAAAUAAAAAGGACAAAGAUGGACACAAGCCGCUAUAUUUUGCGGUGUGGAAAGAACAUGACCAUCGUGCAAAGUUACUACUCGACAGCAUGACUGCGCAGUAA